UCCCUUCUCUUCACAAGAGAUCACAUAGCCCAAACACACACACAUACACACAUAAUCUCUCAUUCUUCCUUCUCUCAUAAUGGGUGCUCUUCCCCAUUUUGAACCAAUUUCAAAAUAUAGCAAAAAAAAUAGAUCAAAUCAAACAGUUGCUUCUGAUUUAGAUGGUACACUCUUGAUAUCAACAACUGCAUUUCCUUAUUAUUUUCUUAUUGCCUUAGAAGCUGGUAACCUUAUAAGGGCAUUAUUCCUAUUAGCAUCUGUUCCAUUUGUCUACUUUAUUUACAUAUUUAUCUCAGAGUCUAUUGCCAUUGAAACCUUAAUCUUCAUUUCCUUUGUUGGAGUAAAGAUUAAAGACAUCGAAAUCGUGUCGAGGGCUGUUUUACCUAAGUUUUAUUCCGAGGAUGUCCAUCCACAAACUUGGAAAGUGUUCAAUUCUUUUGGUAAAAGAUAUAUUGUUACUGCAAGUCCAAGAAUCAUGGUUGAACAUUUUGCCAAGAGAUUCUUAGGUGCUGAUAAGGUUCUUGGAACAGAAUUAGAAGUUUCUAAAUCUGGACGUGCAACUGGUUUUGUUCGAAAACCAGGUGUUCUUGUUGGAGAGCACAAAAGGGUUGCUAUUCUUAAGGAAUUUGGCACAAAUGUACCUGAUUUAGGACUUGGAGAUAGAGAGACUGAUCAUGAUUUCAUGUCCAUAUGCAAGGAAGGGUACAUGGUCCCAAGAACAAAAAUCGAACCCUUAGCAAGAAAUAAACUUUUAUGUCCUGUCAUAUUCCAUGAAGGUCGUUUAGUACAAAGGCCUACACCAAUUAUGGCACUCUUAACUUUCUUAUGGAUGCCAAUAGGAAUAAUUCUCUCCAUUCUUAGAGUAUACCUUAAUAUUCCUUUACCAGAAAAAAUUGCCAGAUACAAUUAUAUGAUCCUUGGUAUUAAACUUAUUGUCAAAGGUACCCCUCCUCCACCCCCUAAAGAUGGUCAACGUGGUGUACUUUUUGUUUGUAACCAUAGAACUGUCUUAGACCCUGUUGUCACAGCUGUUGCACUAGGCAGAAAAAUUAGUUGUGUUACAUAUAGUAUUAGUAAAUUUUCUGAAAUGAUUUCGCCGAUAAAAGCCGUUGCAUUGUCAAGAGAAAGGGAGAAAGAUGCUGCACAUAUUAAGCAAUUGCUUGAAGAAGGUGAUUUGGUUAUAUGUCCUGAGGGGACUACUUGUAGGGAACCUUUUUUGUUGAGAUUUAGUGCAUUAUUUGCUGAGCUUACUGAUAGAAUUGUUCCAGUGGCAAUUAAUACGAAACAAAGUGUUUUCUAUGGUACGACAGUUCGUGGGUAUAAAUUCUUGGAUCCUUAUUUUGUUUUUAUGAAUCCAAGGCCAACUUAUGAGAUCACUUUCUUGAAUCAACUCCCUCCUGAGCUCAAUUGUAGUAAUGGUGGAAAAUCAGCGAUUGAAGUGGCUAAUUAUAUUCAGAAAGUUCUUGGUGGUACUCUUGGCUUCGAAUGUACUAAUUUAACAAGGAAGGACAAGUACGCCAUGAUGGCUGGAACAAACGGUCGUGUUCCAGACAAGGAGAAGGAGAAGGAGAAAGAGAUGAACAGAGAAAACUAAAUGAAUUAGCUAGUACGUAAAAACUAAAUGAAAGAUUUAUUUUUCAACUACUUUUUACGUCUUCCUCGUGGGUUUUUCCGUCUUUUUAAUCAUGGUAAAGAAAAAGAAAGGGACAAAGACUGAAAAGGAAAAAAAAAUGCUUGUAUUGUGAUGAUCAAGAUGAUGAUUUUUAUCAAUAAAUGGUUAAUAUGUAUAUUGUUUUGAUUGGAAUGUACAAGUUUUAAAUGCAAUUUUUUAUUAAU